AUGAUGCUUUCUAAGACUAGGUUCUUUUUCACUAAGAACUCGUCGGUGUUGAAAACCUUGUCUCAAACCAAGGUCAGCAGGUUAUCGAUUGCUCAAAAACCUCCAACCAAAAUUUCACAAAUUUUCAACAGCUUGAAAUUUAGAAGACAAUAUAGUACUGUACAACUGAAAUUAAACGUGGAUAAUGCUUCUUCUAAUAUAGCUACACAAGUAAAGAAUGCUCAAGGCUCUAAAGGUAGUUCUGAAACUAUAAUUUCUAGCAAAUCAAUAGGGUAUUGGUUGAUUGGAACUUCCGGUUUGAUCUUUGGCAUUGUUGUGAUAGGAGGCUUGACCAGAUUGACAGAAUCAGGGUUAUCCAUCACCGAAUGGAAGCCUGUUACUGGGAUGCUUCCACCAUUGAGUGAACAGGAUUGGGAAGAGGAAUUUGCGAAAUAUCAGAAUUCACCAGAAUUUAAACAGCUUAACUCCCAUAUCACUCUAGAAGAGUUCAAGUUCAUUUUCAACAUGGAAUGGGGCCACAGAUUGAUUGGAAGAGGUAUUGGGAUGUUUUUCAUAUUACCUGCGAUAUACUUUUGGACUUCUAAAAAGUUUGCAAACCAUGUCAAGUGGAAAGUUGUUGGUUUAACUGGGUUAUUAGGCUUGCAAGGUGUAAUCGGUUGGUGGAUGGUGCAAUCCGGGUUAGAUGAAAAGCAAUUGUUAGAAAGAAGAUCAAAACCUGCUGUUUCUCAAUACAGAUUAACAACACAUCUUGGUGCUGCUUUUUUGAUGUAUUUGGGUGUUUUGUGGACAGGUUUCGAAAUUUUAAACGAGAAUAAAUGGCUUCAACAGGCUAAGAAAGUACCUGGUUCAGUUGAUAUUCUUUUUAAGCAAUUAAGCAAUCCAGCAUUAAAGAAAAUCAGAACUAUUGGAACUGGGUUGCUCUGCUUGACCUUUUUGACUGCCAUGUCUGGUGGUAUGGUUGCAGGCUUAGACGCCGGUCUUAUUUAUAACACGUUUCCACAUAUGGGAGAUGAUUAUAUACCAUCUUCCAAUGAGUUAAUGUCGCCUGUGUUUUCCCGUAAGAAGGACCAAUCCGAUUUAUGGUGGAGAAAUUUGUUAGAGAAUCCAACUACAGUUCAGCUUGUUCAUCGUACACUUGCGACUACCACAUUCUUCUCUAUCUUAGGUGCUCAUAUAUAUGCCUCAAGGAACAAGAAGAUAAUUCCAAAAACUGCACAGAGAAUGUUGCACUCAGUGAUGGGAUUUGCAACUCUUCAAGUUGCAUUAGGUAUCUCCACCCUUAUAUAUUUGGUUCCUAUUCCAUUAGCUGCUGCUCAUCAAGCAGGUGCAUUGGCAUUAUUGACGACAUGCUUAGCUUUUGCAGCCCAAUUAAAAAAACCAAGACCACAAACUGCUUCAUAUAUUAAUAAGAUAAUGAAGGAGCAUUUAUUAAGAAAAUGA